AUGGCUCCCGAUCUCAGCAAAAAGAGGAAAUUCAAGGAUAGCAAGGGCUCCAAGUCCGAGCGCGUUGUCGCUGCUUCCUCAAAGACCAAAAAGUUGAAGAGGGCCCCGACCCCAGAAGCCAGCGACGCCGAGAGCGACAACAACAGCGACCACGAGAUCGACAACGAGGAGCUCGAGGCGGAAGUUGCCACCUCGGCGCAGGACGACUCUGAGGACGACGAACAGGCCGAAGGGGGUGCGGACGGUUCAGGGACCCAAGAUAGGUUGACAGGAUUGGAUGGCGCGACAAAUGGGGACGGCUCCUUGCUUGGCCCCUCGGUGUCGACAGAGGCCCAGGCGUUCUCUGAGCUCAACCUCUCCGACAAGACCAUGAAGUCAAUCGACGAAAUGGGAUUCACAAAAAUGACCGAGAUCCAACGGCGAGGCAUCCCGCCUCUCCUCGCGGGUAAGGAUGUGCUGGGGGCGGCCAAAACUGGGUCUGGAAAGACGCUUGCCUUCCUCAUUCCCGCCAUCGAGAUGCUCAACUCCCUCCGGUUCAAGCCGCGGAACGGCACUGGCGUCAUCGUUGUCACGCCCACGCGCGAACUGGCGCUGCAGAUCUUCGGCGUUGCGCGCGAGCUGAUGAAGAACCACUCUCAGACUUAUGGGGUGGUCAUCGGAGGUGCGAAUAUCAGAGCGGAGGCAGAUAAACUAGGAAAGGGAGUGAACCUUCUGAUCGCCACGCCCGGCAGGCUCCUCGAUCAUCUCCGAAAUACCACCUUCGUCUUCAAAAACCUGAAGUCCCUGAUCAUCGAUGAGGCCGACCGGAUUCUGGAAGUUGGUUUCGAGGACGAAAUGCGCCAGAUCGUCAAAAUUCUCCCCAAGGAAAAUCGCCAAACCAUGCUCUUCUCGGCUACACAGACAACAAAAGUUGAGGACCUUGCGAGAAUCUCACUCCGGCCUGGGCCGUUGUACAUCAAUGUCGACGAGGAGAAGCAGUUCAGCACAGUCGAAGGGCUCGACCAGGGAUACGUCGUCGUCGAUGCCGACAAGCGCUUUCUUUUGCUAUUCUCGUUCCUCAAGAAGAUGGCCAAGAAGAAGAUCAUUGUCUUCUUUUCGUCCUGCAACUCGGUCAAAUACUACAGCGAACUUCUACAAUACAUCGAUCUGCAGGUCCUCGACUUGCAUGGAAAGCAAAAGCAGCAAAAACGGACCAACACCUUCUUUGAGUUCUGCAACGCCAAGCAGGGGACUCUCAUCUGCACCGACGUUGCCGCUCGCGGCCUCGAUAUUCCUCAAGUUGACUGGAUUGUCCAAUUCGACCCCCCAGAUGACCCCCGCGAUUACAUCCACCGUGUCGGUCGGACGGCCAGGGGCAACAACACUAAAGGGCGGUCGUUGUUGUUCCUGCAGCCGUGUGAGCUCGGCUUCCUGGCUCACCUCAAGGCUGCCAAGGUCCCCGUCGUCGAGUACGACUUCCCUAAAAACAAGAUCCUGAACGUGCAGUCACAGCUGGAGAAGCUCAUUGGGAGCAACUACUAUCUCAACCAGAGUGCUAAGGACGGCUACCGGUCUUACCUCCACGCGUAUGCCUCCCACAGCCUCCGCAGCGUUUUUGAUGUUCAAAAGCUGGACAUGGUGAAGGUGGCCAAGGGUUUCGGCUUUUCUACGCCGCCCCGAGUUGACAUCACUCUGGGGGCAGGUAUGAGCCGGGACAAGAAGCCUCAGGCCAGGAGAGCGUAUGGCAGCCAGCCAAGACAGGGCGGCCAUCAGCGCAGGUAG